ACGCCGUGUACCUUGAAGAGAUUCACAAGCUGGUUGAUGGGCAUCCGCUCGCCUUGACCCAGCUCACAAAUUACCUGAUUCUCCUAGGGCCAUCGGUAACUCCAAAAGAAUACUUCCAUGGGCUUCUUCAGGGAAACCCAAUGUCGAUCCACCCGGAACUCAGCCCGGACGAAUUUCUAGCGGAGCAAUGACUGGAUCAUGAAGGGGCGCGUAGCUUGACGGAGGCAUUCGAGGUCAUUCGUCAUUUUGCAGAGAAGCAUAGUGGUCUGGCGGGUUCGCUACUUUCGGCAAUGACACUCUUCUGGAAGAUCAUGCCACGAAAAUAUCUGCCGCUUCUUGACAAGCUCCAAAAGCGCGAACGGAAAGAGCAAGAUGGGGAAGGGAAACGAGAUGCUGACUGGAAAGAGGUUGAAGAGCGCGCGAACGCAGGAGAACUUGACGAAAGAAUGAAGCAGCUGGGCUUGGAUCGUGGCUCGAUGAUGAAUUUCAUAGCGGAAGCGAACAAACCGUCCAUCUUCGGCUCAGAAGUCACACCUGAAUAUGCGGAGGCCGCCAAGGCGCUGUCCACUCACGAUGGACAGUUUAUAUUUCAUUUUGCGAUGGAGAAGCAGCUUCCUGGCUUGAUGGAGAAGCAUCCGGAAGCCGCCGAAGAAAUUCGCGAACUCUUCAUGGGGAUUGAGAGCAUUGAGGACGUGGGAAUGCUCUUCGCGUCCAUCUUGAGACCUGAUCUAGCUAGCGCGUUGCAGCAAUUGGUCCAACUGCAGCGGAGCGUCGAGAAAGACGGAUUGGAUAUAUUCCAGGCCCAGCAUCUCAUCCGGCCACUCUCAUCUCAGGAGCUUCCGCCUGGAGUCGCCGACUUGCAAUAUUACAAAAUCAGUCCGAUGCUUACUAUAGCGUUAAGAGCUCAGAAUGCGUGGCUCGAGGACGAAGCCUUGGUCAAUAGCUGUCGCGUCGCACACACGUUACUGUAUGCGCGUCGAUGUUGGAACUGGCCCGCUCCGACCCCUUAUAGCAGCAACUCGGCGGCUGCUGAAGCGCGAAUUGUAUCCAAUCUUGAGUUCUACAAUAUCGCGGCUGCGGUGUCGGCGGGCCAGCUGAUAUUUGACAAGACGUCAAGGGGCUUCAUCAUCGAGGAUUGCGUGGCGACGCUCAUAAUGGACAUAGAAUGGGGCUUGGUCAGUGAUAGCACGCGUGUUCCAGCUGUCCAGAUGCUGUGGGAGGAAAGCCUGCAAGGGCUCGAAAAGCAAAUGAAAGAGCUAGAGAAGAGUCCAAAGCGGCCUGUACGACUAAAUAAGGUCCAAUCGAUGCUCUACAGCAUCCUUCAGCAGGAUAACGAGUUAACGGACGAACAAUUCCAAGUGGAGAUGCAUCUCAGCUCUCGGCGCCGGGCUUGCCUGGGUCUUUCGGUGGCCCUUCUCAAAUUCUACACGCACGUUGACGAUCAGAGAAGGAACAAACACCGUGAUUCAAUCCGGUACAUCGUGAAGGCGCUCAAGAAUGACACCCACCCAGUAAUUAAGGAGACCACGGAUAAGCUGAUACCAUUGAUGGACUUUGCACAGCACUAUGCCGAUUCGACAGUUGGUUGGUUUCCGUUCAGUUUGAAGGCUACGCAGGCCAAGUUGAGCAACAUCGUGCAGGACGAGCUGAUACCUGCCUUCACAGCCGAGAGGCGGCUCUCGUUCGACGCGAAGGAUCCAGAACAGGUGGCCGCACGGCUGCAGAACAUGUCGCAGUUCUCGACCAUAGCCCAGUUCAACGAGACAAUUGUGAAGAUCUGGGAGGAGCAUGGGGCGGGCAGGCACGACGAGGCUCUACGGCUGCUCGAGUCGAUGCUCAAGCACGAGACCGACUACGGGCAGAACGACCCAGGCCGGCGGUCGACGCUGCUGUUCAUGAGGUGCAUCAUCACCUACAAGCAGGAGCGCUUCACGGACGCGCUACGGGACCUGGAGGAAUCGCAGCGACUGUACGACAUCAGCAAUACGACGUCCUCGUUCGCCCCGUGGCGGAGGUUCAUGGGGCUCAUGCGGCGCUUUCUCGUCUGGCAGGUCCGCAUGGAGGCCAAAUCAAGCGUCAAGCUGACCAUGGUGCCCUGUAGUGGGUGCGGAGUGGCCAGAGGCACGCGACGUUGCAUCGGCUGUCUUUACGUAGGGUACUGUUCUUCGAAGUGUCAAAAGAAGGACUGGAAGGAGCAUAAGAAGAUAUGCAAGAGCAUUUUCUCUGGCUACUGCAUCUAGGCUAAUGACGCUGGAGAUGCGGCUACUAGAUUAAGUAAGAUUUUAGAGAAGUGAAGGUAUACUAUAGAACUGUAUUAUAAGGGCAGAUGAUCGCUCAUUAGAUGGAUCGUCUAGAUCGCAUUGCUAUAGGUAAAAUGCGCGCUCCAGGCAACCGUGC